AUGUCAGGCGACGACGCAGAAUUGACCAAGUCGCUCAAUCAUCUCGACGUGAAGGACGCCCAGGACACCGACGCUUCGCGUACUCAUGACGAUGGCGAUCAUCGAGCACUGUCUUUUUCGUCUACACCCGGCUCGGUCGCGGCGGGUUCUGCGGGUGCGGAUAGGCUCACGGAGGUCACUCGGGACGUUGUAUCGUCUCCCCCCACCGAUCGAACCCCUGAUACUCUUCCCUCGUCCAUUCAUCCCGAUUUCUCCGUCCAGACGAACGACGACUUUCUGCUAGUCACCGACGACGACGUUGGCUUCUAUGUCAACAAAGAAUUCCUCCUAGAGCACUCUGAAUUCUUCCGCGACUUUGAAGACAUGGAUUCAGAUAUCAGACAAGACGAGGAUGCUUGGAAAGGUCGUACGCAAGCCGUGCGAAGAGAUAUGCCUGGGGCGCUGUCAAACGGCUUGCGGGUGGUGUUGCUCAAGGUGAAAGAGACAAAAUCCUGGCCUGACGCCUAUGAUAGGAAGCGAAGAGUAUUCCGCUCCCAGAGAAUUUGGGAGUACGAUCAUGAGGACCUGGCGCUUGCUUUCGGAAUCGCCAACCAGUACGGCUUCACCAGAUUCUCAGCCCAGGCUCGCUUGAGCACCCCCAAAACGUCUACUUGGUUCCGAUACCUCUACGUUGCGUUCGAGGCCGACGAAACGGUGGCUAAAGCCAUUGCAAAAUCAACUCUGUAUUUCGAACUUACGGCGGCGU